AUGGGUAUUCUACUUCGGCAAAAAAAUCGUAAGAGAUCCGAUGACAUCUUGGACAUGCAGGAAAGUCUUCAUUUCGACGUCAGGGGUAGACCAUUCAAUAAGGCAUUGCACUGGACUGACCCAAAGAUAUUUGGACCAAGAGCAUAUUUCGUUACCGUGUCCAAACCAGCUGCCUUAACGCUCGAUGGUGUUCAACUUGAUGACGAAGGAGUCUAUAGAUGCAGAGUUGAUUUUAAAGUAUCUCCUACUAGAAAUUUUGCUAUUAAUCUUACAGUGAUAGUUCCUCCCCAUCAACUGCUAAUAUACGACAACUCUGGUAGAGACGUUAAUCACACAAUAGGACCUCUCGAAGAGAAAUCUGAUUUAGUACUAACGUGUGAAGUUAGAGGAGGAGUCAUGGUUAGGAACUAUACUAAAAAGACCAACGGCCCUACCUAUAAUGAAAAUACCUUAGAAGAAGCCAUUUUGGAAGUAAAGGCAGGUCGUUUGACUGCUGAGAAAGCUACAAAGGUAUUUAAUGUACUUAUUCAACAAUAUACACUAACUGUAAAGGUUCCCGUGGGCAAAUAAAAAAAGGAAAAGAGCGUUACACGAUUCUUUCACCUCAACUUAAACAGACGUUAGCCACCGGACUGAAAACACUAGCAAAAUAGGGCUUUAGUUUGUCGAGAAAGGAGGUGCUACACCUUGUGGGACAAUAUAUGAAAUCAACUAUUUACCAACCGCCUCCAAA